UACGGGACUGAGUAUUCGCUUCUUCGAUACACCCGUACACUCGCUUGAAUCUCGGUAUGGCUGGGACUUCCUGGUGAACCUGGGCUGUCCGGAUAAAAAGCCCAGGAAAGUUUUUCUUAGCCGAUUGUCAUCACCAAUGGAUAUGAGUCAGGACAAUUGGCAAUUGUUAUCAGUUUGCCUCCCCCGGACUGCAAACGCUGCAAACGCUGCAAACAGACGAGUCACCGGGGUCGCUGCUCGCAUCACGUGACGCUAUGUACAUCACUUGAGUCAUACACCGCCAUCGACGAUCGAGUUAUAUAGCCGGUCUGGAUACUUGCUACAGCUCAAUUCCAACCCCGACACAGCUACCUCAAUCAUGCCCGGCGCUUUCCGAAUGACCGCUGCGCGGUGCAGCUCGGCCACCCGCCAGCUGCUGCAGCACCAAGCCUCGCAGACCCUGCCGCCGACCUCGCCCUUCGCGCCGCGCCAUCUGCUCUCGAUCGCGGACCUGACGCCGACCGAGUUCGCGACGCUGGUGCGCAACGCCUCGGCCCACAAGCGCGCCAUCAAGUCCGGCGCGAUCCCGCAGAACCUGCUGGGCGCGCUGACGGGCCAGACAGUGGCGAUGAUGUUCAGCAAGCGGAGCACGCGGACGCGGAUCUCGACCGAGGGCGCGGUGGUGCAGAUGGGCGGCCACCCGAUGUUUCUGGGCAAGGACGACAUCCAGCUCGGGGUCAACGAGUCGCUGUACGACACCGCGGUGGUGGUCUCGUCGAUGGUCUCGUGCAUCGUCGCGCGCGUGGGCCCGCACGCCGACGUCGCCGGCCUCGCCCAGCACUCCUCCGUCCCCGUCAUCAACGCCCUCUGCGACUCCUUCCACCCGCUGCAGGCCAUCGCCGACUUCCAGACCCUCCACGAGACCUUCACCCCGAAGGCGCACCACCUCUCCAGCCUCGGCCUCGAGGGGCUGAAGAUCGCCUGGAUCGGCGACGCCAACAACGUCCUCUUCGACAUGGCCAUCAGCGCCGCCAAGAUGGGCGUCGAAAUCGCCGUCGCCACCCCCAAGGGCUACGAGAUCCCCGCCCCGAUGCUGGAGCUCAUCCAGCAGGCCGGCCAGAACGUCCAGAACCCGGGCAAGCUCAUCCAGACGAAUAUCCCCGAGGAGGCGGUCAAGGGCGCCGACGUGCUGGUCACGGAUACCUGGGUCUCGAUGGGCCAGGAGGCCGAGGCCCGCAAGCGCCUCCAGGACUUCGCCGGCUUCCAGAUCACCCCCGAGCUGGCCAAGCGCGGCGGCGCCAACGAGGGCUGGAAGUUCAUGCACUGCCUGCCCCGUCACCCCGAGGAGGUCAGCGAUGAGGUCUUCUACAGCAAACGCUCCUUGGUCUUCCCCGAGGCCGAGAACCGUCUGUGGGCUGCCAUCUCCGCCUUGGAGGGGUUCGUCGUGAACAAGGGCAAGAUCGAGUAGAUGGGGAAAUUUGGGAUCGUGUACUUUUGAACGAAAAAAAGCUCCUGUUUCUGUUUUAAUGAGCGUGUAUAAGCACUUUAUCCGGUGGAGUAUGUUGAGGCGGGAGGGGGGGUGUCUAAGCACUAUUCCAAUGAAUUGCAUGGACCCGAAUUUGAGUCCUGAGGCUAUUUUGAUUUCAUUCAAGGCUCAUAUAAGUGUGCGGUAAUAGGAGGUUAGUGUCUAUCGUUUGGUAGAUAAGAGUAUUCAUGCAUCCGUCACUUGAGAGAGAU